AUUUGAAGGUCAUUUGGGUGGAGGGUCAAAUAUUAAAGGUCACUGGAGCUCAUGUGCACCAUUGGUUUGGAAUCAGUGUUUUCCAACUCCCCUAGAUAGAUUCUCCAUAUCCAUCAACCCAGUUAGAGCGCCGGACAUUCAUUUUUCUUUCUCUCACUUUCGUAAACAACACUCCCUCCAGGUAUCAAAUCACAUUAAAUUUUCACUAACUACAAUUAACUGUUUGUUUAGUACCGGAAUUAUGGGUCUUGGAAAAUUGUGUAGUAAAAUUGACUUAAUUGAAAUAGGUCUUGUAUUUUAGCUUUCCUCACUCAUUUUUGUGCAUACUAAAUAGUUUUAUAAUGUCUAUGGUCAAUACUAUGUAUUCUACAACGUUGUAUCCUACAAACUGCAUCUCAACAUAUUAUGUCUAACUCAAUACUUUUCGAUAUGCAACCCUUUUAGUUUAACUCAACUUCACUUCCCUCUCGAGUGACAAAAAGGAAGGCAGAACAAUAUUCUAAAAAAAUGAAAUGAGUACGAAACAGUGUACCCUUGCAUCUAAGGCAAACAAACCUGCGGAGUGGAUAGCAUGUGAUAAAGUUGUCGUCCGUGAUCAAGUUCGUUGGGAAUCAAUCACUUCAUCCAAACCAUUUGUAUACCAUCCUAAGCCCCUGAAACCAAUUGUGUCUGUUUAUCCUACACUACCUGCUAAAUCGAAUUCGUCAGCUUAUCUUUCGUGUAGUCCCACAAGGAAAGUAGAUAAAGAAGCUCAAACAGAUAAUAAUCAUACUAUUAUAUUUAAUAUUGAAGAUAUAAUCAGAGCUCAGCGUAAUUUAGCAUCUACCAAUCAAAAUUCACCACAUCUAUCGUCUUCUGAUGGUAAGGAUGACAGUAAAGAGUCACUUCAGAAGGCGUUAGAAUUACAACAAAGAAUUAAUGCCGACUUAAAAAACUUAUUGGUAUCUGCUAUGUCUGGUAAUUUAAAUGUGGCUCAACAGCUAAUCGAUUUAAUGAGUAAUAAUGCAUACCUUUAUGGUCAAAGUGAAGGUUUAGCCCAUCAGAAAUCUGUUCUACAAGAAGCCGCCAACACAGCCGAAAUAGUAGCUGAUGUAUGGCAGACAAAAUGUAUUGCUAGUCGUGCUGUAGCGGGUGAAGCAGCUAAACAUGCCGCCAUGUCAGUGCAUCAGGCACAUUUAGCUCGACACGCGCUGGCGCAUCUCCUUGGUGAACGUGCACAAAUACGUCGAUAUCUAAGUCAAGCAAUCCCUUUGUUAUCUGAUUAUUGUAAUGAACACGGUAUUAAGCUAAAUAAACCGACUAAUCAGACAUGUAGUACACUAAGCUUGACAUCACAGUGUUUUGAUUUGGCUUUGGCGAUAUCACCGAAUGCUAGUAUCCAACCAAUUCAAUGCUCUUCAGAUACAGUUGGUGAAGAGUUGGCACAAUAUGUUCUGACAAGAGUCAGUAAUAAGAAUAUUCUUAAAUAUGAUCGUAUGUUUCCCACCACACCAACCGUAUUUGAUGCUCCAACAACUGCCCUGUCUACAAUACCUCCCCUGGAAACAACUGAAACUGAUGAUUUAUUUUUUAAAACACUUGAAUUAUUCCAGUCUACUGGAAAACGAAAACAUAAUCUGGAACUGUUUUCUUGUUCAAAAUGUGUGGGAGAUGUUCUUGUGAUAUGAUUUCAAUUCCGGACAUUUCGCCAAAAAGACAUUGGUGAUACUUACCUCUUGAAAACAACAACCUUAAACUAUUAUAUAUUUUACUACAGAUUAAUUGUAAUAUAAUAUAUUUAAUAUGAA